UAGUCUCUCGCUCUGCCUGCACUCUCUGCUCAUUUUAGACUCUGAGCCUUCAGCACUCAUCCAUAGAUAUUCACCAUGGCUUUGUCCGUUUCCUUAGCCUCUUCCAGAAUGUCUGGGGGAUACGGAGGUCUUGGUGCAAGUCGUGGUGCAAGAUUUGGCCUGGGGCUAGGAGGUGGUGCUGGCUUAGGUGGAGCUCUUGGCCUGGGAGGAGGACUGGGAUUUGGAGCCGGUGGAGGUCUUGGCCUUGGUUUUGGCCUUGGUGGAGGUGCUGGAGGUGGUGCAGGAUUGGCACUGGGAGGUGGAGGUGGUGGUGGUGCGCUGUUUGACAGUCCUGCAUUUGCUAUGGGUCGCGCCAUUGCUGCAGGAGGGCUCGGUGCAGGCGCUGCACUCGCCUCCGGUCCAGCAUCAGGCUCUGCCUUGGCACCAACACUUUCCAGAGCAGCCGAGAAGCACACACUCUCUGGGCUCAAUGACCGCUUUUCCACAUACAUGGCCAAAGUACGGGCGCUACAGCAUGAGAACGCAGCUCUGGAGGCCAAGCUGUCCCAGCUGACUGGGGGGACAGAUGUGUCCCAAGAGUCAUCCGUGACUGCCACGGUGGAGUAUGAGGCCCAGCUGAGCGAGUAUCGCAGCACAUUGGAAACGCUCACCAUCGACACUGUCAAACUGGAGAUUGAGCUGGACAAUAUCCGUGGAACUGCCCACGAACUGAAGGCUAAGCUUGACUUUGAACAAGGAGUGAAGUUUCAGCUUGAGUCUGAUAUUGCUGCCAUGAAAAAGGACAUUGAAUCUGCCUCUGACUUAAGAAUUGAUUUGGAUGCCAAAUUCUCCAGCCUGAAAAAUGAGCUGGACUUUGUCAGCAAAACACAAGAGGAGGAAUUGUCAUCUUUGCAAUCUAAACUGGGCACAACAACAAUGGACACUUCAGUCUCAAUGAUUGAAGUAGACACCGGGAAGUCCUUUGACAUCUCUGUAGCACUCAAUAAGAUGCGAAUGGAGUAUGAUAAAUCUGUGCAGCAACACAGAGAGGAGGCUGAGGCUUAUUACAAACUCAAGAUGGAUGAGAUGCAGGCGACCAAUGUCAAAAACACAGAAGCUGUGUCAUCGACCAAAGCAGAAAUCACAGUAGCCAGGAAAGAGCUGCAGACACUGAAUUUAGAGCUGCAAGGGCUUGUGGCUACGAACAUGUCUCUGGAGCAGAGUUUAGCAGAAGCCCAGGCUCAGUCUAGUGUGGGUGUUGCUGAAUAUCAGGCACAGAUUGCUAGCCUCACAUCAGCCAUAGAGUUGGCUAAAACAGACCUUCACAAACAGAUCCUGGCCUACCAAGAGCUGCUGGACAUCAAACUCGCCCUGGAUGUUGAGAUCUCCACCUACAGAAAGCUACUGGAAGGAGACGACUUCAAGAUGCCUGAGUUCACAGAGUCAUCAUACACUUUUUCAGCUGGUCAAAUAAAAGUCAAAGAAAUCAUUACAGAGACAUCCAUCAUCUCUGAUGCAGAUGACACUGAAUCCUCUUGAAUUCAGCGAGGACCUUCAGUCAAUGCAGUCUUGAUGAAUGCAGACCCUUGGCCCAGACCCCGGAGUCCCAUUCGCUGUUUCUUAAAUAAAGCUGCAUUUAUGAUUAGA